GCAGCCGAGGUGCCCGCGGGAGGCAGGCCGGCCCCGGGCGCGCACGCUCGGCCGAGCCCCGGCGCGCCCUGCGCCCGCGCCUGCUGACAGCUGCAGCUGGGCUCCAGCCGUCCGCUCGCAGCUACUCGGCCUCCGCCCCCUCGGGCUCCCUCCUCUCCGCCCUUACCCCUCCAGCCCCGGUGCGCUAGUUUCGCAACUGCUUGCCUCUCGCCCCGUGCCCGGCUGUUUUCCAUUUCCCGGCUCCUUCUUCCUGAGUAGUUUGCCCCCCGCAUUUGGGGAGAGGGGCUGGAAAGGGGGUGGGGGGGCGCUCAGAGGAGAAGGAAGCAAGGGCCGGUGGAGGAGGAGGAGGAAGAGAAUCGCCGGACCUUGGGGAGGCGACCCCACACCACCCUUUCUGGUCAUCUCCCCUCCCGCCCCGCCCCUGCGCACACUCCCUCCCGGGCGAGCUACUUUCGGACGAGGAAAGUGAGGGCGGCCCUGGGUGACAGCGCCGCGGGGCCAGUCCCGGGGAAGCCGCGCGUCUGUUCAAGUCUUGUCUGCCACGCUCCCAGCCAGGGACCGAGGAUGGCUUCGACCACAACCUGCACCAGGUUCACGGACGAGUAUCAGCUUUUCGAGGAGCUCGGAAAGGGGGCUUUCUCAGUGGUGAGAAGAUGUAUGAAAAUCCCUACUGGACAAGAAUAUGCUGCCAAAAUUAUCAACACCAAAAAGCUUUCUGCUAGGGAUCAUCAGAAACUGGAAAGAGAAGCUAGAAUCUGCCGUCUUCUGAAGCACCCCAAUAUUGUUCGACUUCAUGACAGCAUAUCAGAAGAGGGCUUCCAUUAUUUGGUGUUUGAUUUAGUUACUGGAGGUGAACUGUUUGAAGACAUAGUGGCAAGAGAGUAUUACAGUGAAGCCGAUGCCAGUCAUUGUAUACAGCAGAUUCUAGAAAGUGUAAAUCAUUGUCACCUAAAUGGCAUAGUUCACAGGGACCUGAAGCCUGAGAAUUUGCUUUUAGCUAGCAAAUCCAAGGGAGCAGCUGUGAAACUGGCAGACUUUGGCUUAGCCAUAGAAGUUCAAGGAGACCAGCAGGCGUGGUUUGGUUUUGCUGGCACACCUGGAUAUCUUUCUCCAGAAGUUUUACGUAAAGAUCCUUAUGGAAAGCCAGUGGAUAUGUGGGCAUGCGGUGUCAUUCUCUAUAUCCUCCUGGUGGGAUAUCCACCCUUCUGGGAUGAAGAUCAGCACAGACUGUAUCAGCAGAUUAAGGCUGGAGCUUAUGAUUUUCCAUCACCAGAGUGGGACACAGUGACUCCUGAAGCCAAAGACCUAAUCAAUAAAAUGCUUACUAUCAACCCUGCCAAGCGUAUCACAGCUUCAGAGGCACUGAAACAUCCAUGGAUCUGUCAACGUUCUACUGUUGCUUCCAUGAUGCACAGACAGGAGACUGUAGACUGCUUGAAGAAAUUUAAUGCUAGAAGAAAGCUAAAGGGUGCCAUCUUGACAACUAUGCUGGCUACAAGGAAUUUUUCAGCAGCCAAGAGUUUGUUGAAGAAACCAGAUGGAGUAAAGAUAAACAACAAAGCCAACGUGGUAACCAGCCCCAAAGAAAAUAUUCCUACCCCGGCGCUGGAGCCCCAAACUACUGUAAUCCACAACCCUGAUGGAAACAAGGAGUCAACUGAGAGUUCAAAUACAACAAUUGAGGAUGAAGAUGUGAAAGCACGAAAGCAAGAAAUUAUCAAAGUCACUGAACAACUGAUUGAAGCCAUCAACAAUGGAGACUUUGAAGCUUACACGAAAAUCUGUGACCCCGGCCUUACUGCUUUUGAACCUGAAGCUUUGGGUAAUUUAGUGGAAGGGAUGGACUUCCACCGAUUCUACUUUGAAAAUGCUUUGUCCAAAAGCAAUAAACCAAUCCAUACAAUUAUCCUGAACCCCCAUGUACACCUGGUAGGUGAUGAUGCUGCCUGCAUAGCAUACAUUAGGCUCACACAGUACAUGGAUGGCAGCGGAAUGCCAAAGACAAUGCAGUCAGAAGAGACUCGUGUGUGGCAUCGCCGGGAUGGAAAGUGGCAGAAUGUUCAUUUUCAUCGCUCUGGGUCGCCAACAGUACCCAUCAAGCCAUCCUGUAUUCCAAAUGGGAAAGAAAACUUCUCAGGAAGCACCUCUUUGUGGCAAAACAUCUAAGGCCUGAAAACCAUUCACAUAUGGGUCUUCUAAAUAUCAACAGUGCCACUUCUGCAUUCUCUGUUCUCAAGGCACCUGGAUGGUAACCCUGGGCCGUCCUCUCCUCCUCUUCAUGCAUGUUUCUGAGUGCAUGAAGUUGUGAAGGUCCUACGUGUAAUGCAUAUGUGAUGCACCAUCUUGUCAUAUAUUCCUUCCUAUACAUUGUUUACACUUGCACUAUGGGGAUGUUCCAUGCAAACUUCAAUUACUGUUGGCAAACAAUAGGGGGAGGUCAGACAAAAAAAAAAUUUCCACAAUAUUCCAAGUACAACCUACUCAUCAAGUUUCUGUUUAUGCCAAGAUACAACGGACUUCAAAAUUAUUCUCUGAAUGACAAUUUGUAAGAGAAAUGUAAAUUUUUAAAACUCUUUGCUGUUGAUCAGUUUUGGGCUUAUUCAACAAAAAGCAAAAAAAAAAAAAAUAUAUAUAUAUAUACAUAUACAUACAUACACACACCCCUUCGGUUUUGUGGUGUGAUCCUGGUUGAAAUUGCUGUCUAACAAAGUAGGUUAAUAUGUGGGUAAAAUCACUCAUGAAUGUGGAAAUGAGAAUCAGUUGGUUUGCUACCAUCUAAAGUCAUGUUGUUUUUGGUCAAACUGUAAACUGGAAAAAUUCACAUAAUUUAUGAGUGAUCGCUUUAAGAUAUAUUUACACUUUUGGUGAAUUCACUGAGUUUCAUGUUCCUUUCUCAAAUAUGUGCACUCUUCUCUCCAUUUGCUCUUACUUGUUGCUGUUUGCUUUUUCUCAAUCCUCUUCUGUCUUUUCUCACACACUACAAGACAGAAAGGAAAGUGAAAUUUGCAUUGUGGAGGUAACUAAACUAGCACUUUUGAUCAUCUUCCGGACCCACAAAAAUGUCAAGAUUUUAAAGGCUUCUUAUUCUGCUUCGGCUCUAGUUUGGACAUAGGGAUCCUAGGUCAGCGGUAUUAGAAUUGCUUAAAUUUCAGGUAAAAACAGUGAGGUUCCUAGUGUACUACCAGCUGGGGGGGACUGGCAAGAAUACCAGGUUGUAGUGCAGCAGGGUUUCCUCUACAAACACUUAGUUCUGCGUGGUGGGAGGGGCCCCUCCUGCUCCACCAGCUGGGCUAGCUGUCCUAAAGUCAGGCCGGCCAGGGAUUUCCAUUCUCAUAAGUGUUUAGAACUCGAUCUCUGUGGCUUGUGCUCUCUUAACUUCUCUCUUGUGUCAGUAACAUUAUCUCCCUCUGAGGAGUUCAGAUUUUCCAGUUUAAAAAGAAAAGGGAAAUGCCCAGAUUUUCUUUGUGCUUCUCAUUUCUCCUUUGUUUAUUCAACUCCUAUAAGGCUGUUUUUCUUCCCUGAAAUGCUUUAUAGUGCAUGAUAUCUUCAUCAGCGUUAUUUUAAUAAUAGUAAUUCACAAUCUUCAGAAUCCCAUUUUUAAAGCAGAAGCAAAAAACUAAACAACCCUCCCUCUUUCUCUCAUUUCACCUUUCUGUGUUGACUAAUCACCUUAGAUAUUGUUGCUAGUGGAUGUAUGGUAGAUGGAUUGAAGCUUUUCUGAUAAUUACACAAUUUAAAAAUAUAUAUUUAAAAUAAAUAUAUACAGUAAAUGAAAUGUAUUGAGCCAUGUUAACCUGCCAAUGAGAUCUGUGAAAAGUAAUGGCCUCGUUUUUCCCUUUUUGAUUUCUUUUACCUUUUUGUGAAUCGGCUACACGUGGCAUACAUGUAUUUUAAAAAUAAUAGGUAUAGAGUGGUUUUUUUUUUUUACACUUUUAGCAUGUGGUGUUGAAGUAUUACUGUAGAUCAAGUAUGUCUUCCGCACUAAGAUGUGAGGAAAUUGUGAUUUGUUCUCUCCACCACAACUGAAUUACACAUUUAUUAUCUUCUAUCAUUUUGAAACACUGCAGUUUACCAUGGGACACUGUAUAUAUUUCUUGCCAUAAUGGUAAAUGACUGAUAUAUUUAAGAGUUAAUAAAUUUGUGAUUUCUGCUGACAACGUGUCCAUCUUUUUUUCUUGAGAAUAGGUACUAUAUGCAUGCAUGAUGCUGGCUAGUGCCAACAGCAACGUGUCCUGCUAUGGUCUCAUUAGUUCAUAGCAGUUUACCUUUGAUGUAAAUUAAA